UGUAUCAUGACAAUCUGAAAAUGGCGGAUGAAAGCGGAUUGAUUUAACUUUAUCGUACAAAAAUAAGAAUAUCAAGGAGCGACACCAUUUCACAUGAUGAAUUUGCAGUUCAAUGGGAAUUACUAAGCCAACAUCCAAACCGCGACACGACACUAUCAGCGAAAAGCGAAAGUUGAAGGCUAGGGCAUGGAAGAGGAAAGUUCCCGCUAUAGCAAACGCCUGCGGUCAGGCACGCGUCGACGGUACCAAGAUGAUGGCAUUUCAGAUGAUGAGAUUGAGGGAAAGAGGUCUUUCGAUGUGGAAGAGAAACUCCACAGUGAUCGAUACAACUGGGAUCUGGUCAAAAUUAUGGACGGAAAAGACUUCACCUUGGAGUACAUCCAACGGGAGGGACUCCGGGACCCCAUUAUCUUUAAGAAAGCAGAUGGGCUUGGCAUCAAGAUGCCUGAUCCAGACUUCAGCGUCAGUGAUGUAAAAUUGUUUGUGGGCAGUCGCAGGAUGAUUGAUGUCAUGGACGUGACAACUCAGAAAGGCAUUGAGAUGUCAAUGGGUCAGUGGAGGAGAUACUAUGAAACGCCUCCAUCUGAAAGGGAAAAGCUGUAUAAUGUCAUCAGCCUGGAGUUUAGCCAUACGAAACUAGAGCAUCUGGUCAAGAGACCCGCCUCGGUUGACAUGAUUGACUGGGUGGACAACAUGUGGCCACGACACCUUAAAGAGCUCCAGAGAGAUUCCACCAAUGCCAUUAAUGAUAUGCAGUACCCUAAAGUGCAGAAGUAUUGUCUGAUGAGUGUCGAGGGAUGCUUCACAGAUUUCCACAUAGACUUUGGUGGUACAUCAGUCUGGUAUCACAUCCUCAGGGGAGGGAAGGUGUUCUGGCUCAUCCCGCCCACACCUCAGAACCUGGAGCUCUAUGAGAACUGGGUGUUAUCAGGAAAACAGGGUGACAUUUUUCUGGGCGAUAAAGUCAAGGAAUGCCAACGGGUUGAGCUGAAGCAAGGCUACACAUUUAUGAUCCCAUCAGGGUGGAUCCAUGCUGUGUACACCCCAAUGGACACUCUGGUGUUCGGGGGUAAUUUUCUGCACAGCUUUAACAUUCCCAUGCAGCUCAACAUUUUCAACAUUGAGGACCGCACACGGGUCCCUUCUAAGUUCCGCUACCCUUUCUUCUUUGAGAUGUGCUGGUACGUGCUGGAGCGUUACUUGUACUGUAUGACCAACACUUCUCACCUCACGCCCGAGUACCAGAAACACUCGCUGGGCAUCGGGCUGAAGAAGGAGGAUGUGUUGAAACAAGGAUAUAAUGGUCAUUCAGGAAAUGGAGAAGAGGAGGAGGAUAUAAAGCAGGAGGAAGAGGAUGAAGAGGCUUCACCUACCCCUCCUGCUCGUCCAGGGAUAAAGGUUCACCUGACACCCUUUGAGCUGGAGGGCCUUUGGCAGUUACUGCACAAGUUGGAGGAGCUGCCAGCACACAAGAAAUGUGUCCCAGCAGGCAUCAGAAACGCCCCAGCACUGCUCAGUGACAUACGGAAACUGCUUGCGGAACAUGCCAGUGAUAACCCCAAAUUGUCUUACACUGGAAAACCAAUUGUCAAAUGGCCCAAAAGGCCCUCGUGGUAUCAGCCUCCCCCUCCUCCCCCAUCUCUGCUGUACAGCCCCCGCACUCCCGGUUCAGCUCCCAUUCUGCCACCGGUCCCACGGCCCGUGAAGCCGUCUUCCUCCAUCUCAGCUCUGAGACGCAGGCGCGUCCGCUGCAAGCGCUGCGAGGCAUGUAUGCGUACCGAGUGUGGCAACUGCAACUACUGUAGGGACAUGAGGAAGUUCGGAGGACCAGGCAGGCUCAAGAAGAGCUGUGUGCUCAGACAGUGUCUAGCACCAGCACUGCCUCUUACGGCUGUAUGUGCCAUAUGCAAGGAAGGCUAUCAGGAGUUGGAAGACUCAGAGUCCAUCCAAACGCUCAUGGAAUGUUCGGAGUGCGCUCUGAUCACUCAUCCUGAAUGUAUAAAGGUGCCAGGGGAGGGUGUUAUCAAUAAGGAUCUUCCCAGUUGUUGGGAGUGUCCAAAAUGUGUCCAGGACAAGAAGAACAAGUCUUCCAGUAGUAGUGAGGAUGAGUCGGAGAGCAGCGUGUCCAACGGAAGUCUCUCGUCCAGUCCUCCGGCCAAGCGGGCAUACAGGGAGGGAAUUGGAGUGGGGGGCUUACGAUUAGGACGCCGAGGACGGCCUCCACUCUCCCCCUCCGCUCUGCCUCUGACCCGCUCCAGACGUCAGCCGCCCCCUUCUCAGAGACUCCUGCUCCAACACCAACAGAACAGGAAGAGAGCCGGAGCACUGGAGUUACAGCUCAGGAAAAGGAUCAAAUUGGAAAGAAACAAAAUCCUCCAGUCGCCCUGUUCAGCUGUCUCUCUUUCUCCAAAGCUCCUGCGUCAGAGGAGUCUGGAGAGAGGGGGCAUGGUCAGGCCAGCGCCUACUAGGAGCACCUUGCGAGGCAGGGGCGCGUCCUCGUGUCGUGGAAGAGGAGUACGGCUCAGGGGCGGCGGCCUAGGUGGUGGCCUCAGAGAAAGGAUGGAGGUGGAGGAAGAAAGGGACGAUUCCGUCGAAGAGGAACCAGUUGAGAGAAAGGAGAACGGACAAUGUGAUGGUAAAGAGAACCGUCCGCAGAGACGAGGGGCAAAAGCAGGGGAGGAGAACGGUGACGGUCAUCAAAACGGGGAGAGCGAGGGCAGUAGCGAGGGUGGAGAGCCCACUCAAUCCGACACUUCUGCGGUACUAUCUGAUGACGCCAGAGGUCAGGGGUCAUGUGUCACGGUAACUUUGCAGCCGUCAAGGGGUAGACGUGACCCUAGCGCCAUUGUACCCAAAUUGGAAGCCAACCUGUCCUCUAGAAGCAUUCCGCCAAACUCCAAAGCCCUGCUGCGCCCCCCUCUGCGCAAUGGAAGACGUCGCUCGGACAGUCCUCAUUCACUGUCAGAGAGAUCGCAUUUGAGCAAACCGCACGUUCUUUCAUCAACACACACUUUGACGAGAAGCACGUCAAAACACCAAAACUUGGUGCGGAACUUACGGUCUAAUUUUAAGGGUUCCCCUCAUCGCCUGACUCGUGAGAGAAUCAGGAAAAAGCCUCUAUCGGAAAGGGAAAAGUCCUCAGACUCCUGUCCAAGUUCAACCUUGCGGCUCUCACCCGAGGAGAACGGAGGAAACGAGCCCGGCUGGGAGAGAGAGGUGUGGGUGUCAGUGUUCCGCUACCUGACUCGGGCUGAGUUGUGCGUCUGUAUGGCGGUUUGCAAGACCUGGUACAAAUGGGGCUGUGACAAGCGUCUGUGGACGCGGAUCAGUCUGAGCCGAUGCCGUUCAAUAAGUCCACAGGCCCUCACAGGCAUCAUCAAACGGCAGCCUGUCACACUGGACCUCUCCUGGGCCAGCAUUUCCAAGAAACAGCUCAGCUGGCUCAUCAACCGACUUCCAGGGCUUAAAGAUCUGGUGCUGUCAGGGUGCAGUUGGAUGUCAAUUUCAGCACUGAGCUCUCCAAGCUGUCCUUUACUUCGCUCUUUAGACCUGCGCUGGGCUGAUGGGAUCAAAGACCAACAAAUCAGGGAGCUGCUCAACCCACCAGGCAGCGAUAACCGUUCCCAGCUAAAGAACGUGCAGUGCUUGUGUCUGUGUGGUUUAGAGGUGACUGAAGCGACGCUCAGGCUGAUCAUUAGACACAUGCCUCUGCUCACCCGCCUGGAGCUCUCACAUUGUCCCAUCACAGACGGUGCUCUCAACCUCCUCAGCGCUGUGGGCUCCUCCACACGCAACACGCUUACCCACCUCAACUUGGCAGGUUGCAGUCGCCUAACAGACCGUUGUUUGGUGUACCUGCGGCGUUUGUCCUGUCUCUCCGUACUGGACCUCCGUGACUGCAAAGGGGUUUCGCGGCAGGCGUGUGAAAGCUUUAUCUCCGAGCUGUCUGUCAACGGCCUCUACUGCCUAUCAGAUGACAAGCUCAUCCAGAGGAUAUCGUAAACCCCCUUCCUCAGGGAGAAAGAGACUUUGUGAAUAUUUGUGUGUGAGAGAGAAUGUGAGUGUGACGGGCUCUGAGGGUGGGGGGGUUCUCUGUUUGACAGAGUAUCUUGUAUAGAAGCAUAGAUGGGAGGAGCUCAAAGUAUCCAGGGUGGGGCUUAUGUAUAAACGGAUCUGGGUGAUGAGUAUCCUUUUUUUGUAGAUGGCUGUCUCCCUUUGUUUUCCAUACACACCAAUAAUACACUGCAGUUGGCAAUCAGAUCUCAGGCCUGUAUUGCCGCAGGCUCUGCUAUUGAGAGAUCAACAGGUGCUAUUGCUCGACAGUUUGUUUUCUAUUUCAGAGCAGUCUACUGUCUGCCUUUAAAAACCUUUGCUCCUACUCUUGUCCAUUACUCGAAUCCAUCCUCCAAAUCCAGUCAUCGUGACAGAGAUUCAGUAGUGUGGAGGUAUUGCAUAACAUUUGAUUUCACUCAUCUCCUUACUUUGAACCUUGUUUUACCAGAGGAAUACCUUUUUGUUCCCUCCUUGAUAUCUGAAAAGAGUAUAGAUAUAUAUAAAUGUUUAAGCACCCUUGUGUAAAUGUAUUCCUCUCCUGUAGUAAACCAGAACAGUCUGUAGCGUUAUAAUUAUUUUCCGACCCUUUUUCACCUUUUUUUUUUUUUUUUUUCCAAGAAAAUAAAAAGGAAUACAAAUCUGAGCUUGAAUUCAUUUAACU